AUGUUAGCCAAAGCAGCUACAAGAUCGUCACAAUUCGAUAACUCAGUAGUCGGAUCUACGCAGAUGCCAAUGAGAGAACCUCCAACUGGAGUAGAAAACGCCAGAUCAAGUAUAGAAAAUGCGGAAAAGGAAAUCUUACCCCUUCCAAUCCCUGAACAAGCGGAUCGCUUCACAAGCGGUGACGAAGUUCUCACCAAAAUUACCCACGGUCAUAAACCGGACAUCGAAAAGACGCCAAACCCCCUCAACGUCGAGAGCCUUAAGUCCUCAAAAUGGUCGGGAUACGGUGGUGCCAGCUCGACUAGCGGUAAACCUGGUUCAGAAUACCUUGGAGCUUUUGGUGGAUCUCAUGGUGAAUCAACAACUGUUUCCGGAACAUCAACUCCACAGUCAAGCCAGUCAAAUCUGAGGAUAUAUCAAAAGGCUAGACCUGAAAAGGAUGAACUAUUAAGCGUUGCAUAUCCCGGACCGCAGGGUCUAGUAGCCGAUAAUUGUCCACUGAAAUGUGAACCUUGCCUAUGUCCAACGGGUAAAGGUUCUGAAAGAAGAAGGCGAAAUGCAAACAAUGUGGAGUUGUCUGUACCUCUGGGAGCAUGCAAUGCGAAGAGAGACCGCAAGGUGAGAAAAUCUUCUGUAGGAGUUUUUAACGCUACUUUAACGACUUUUCCAUCUAAAGUACAAGAAUUGAAGGCAACAAUUCAAAUACAUUUGAGCUGGUCUCUUACCUUACUGGGUUACUUUUUCUACUGGCCAUCUGUGAAAAGAAUGAAACAAACACAGGCAUUCGCAGCUAAAUUAUAG